AAAACAGGUAAUCAGCUAAGCUAGUAUUUCUACUGAAAAGGUCCUGACAUCUUCUUCUUUAUUAGAUUUGUUUCCAAAUCCUCUCUCUCUCUCUCUCUCUGAUCUCCAACUGGGAAGUAAGCUGAUUGCAGAGAAAGGAUAUAUCUUAAUUUUCAAGUUAAAAGGAUAAAAACAUGAACGACCUUAUGACCAAAUCCUUCACCAACUAUGUGGAUUUAAAGAAAGCGGCCGUGAAGGAUGUGGAUCUGGAAGCCGGAGAUUUAGAGAUGGCAUCUUCCACAACCUACAUGGACAGCGACCUUGGUCUCUUCCUGGAAGAGGCCGAGAAGGUGAAGAAGGAGAUGGCCCUACUCCGGGACAUUCUGGGCAAACUACAGCAAGCCAACGAGGAGAGCAAAUCCCUUCACAAGCCCGAGGUCUUGAAAUCCUUGCGCAACAGUAUCAACGGGGACAUACUCACAGUGCUCAAGAAGGCCAGGACCAUCCGCUCUCAACUUGAAGAAAUGGAUCGCGCCAACGUCGCUAAUAAGAGGCUCUCAGGCUACAAAGAAGGCACCCCGAUUUACAGGACCAGGAUUGCAGUCACCAACGGGCUGCGCAAGAAGCUCAAAGAACUUAUGAUGGACUUCCAGGGGCUGAGGCAAAGAAUGAUGUCCGAGUACAAGGACACGGUGGGCAGACGCUACUUCACCGUGACGGGGGAGUACCCCGACGAGGAGGUUAUAGAUAAGAUCAUAUCUAACGGAGGCGAGGAGUUUCUGGGAAGGGCGGUGCAGGAGCACGGAAGGGGGAAGGUGCUAGAGACGGUGGUGGAGAUACAGGAUAGGCAUGAUGCGGCCAAGGAGAUUGAGAAGAGCCUGCUGGAGCUGCAUCAGGUGUUUCUGGAUAUGGCCGUGAUGGUGGAGGCGCAGGCUGAGCAGAUGGACGACAUUGAGCACCAUGUCAUGAAUGCUGCGCACUAUGUCAAGGAUGGUACCAAAGAUCUUAAGACAGCAGUGGGGUACCAGAGGAACAGCAGGAAGUGGAUGUGUGCCGGUUUGAUACUUCUCCUUGUGCUCAUUCUUGUUGUGGUCAUCCCUAUUGCCACCAGUUUCAGCAAUUCUUGAAUGUCUUAUAUUUUCUUCAAUCUUGGGACUGUAAUAGUCUGUCAACUGGUUUGGUUGAGGGAAUCGUCAAAUAACUGCUGUCAUUUUUAUCUU